GCUGGAGAACCUGGCUAGGCUGCUGAUCAACUGAACGCUGUCUCCAUGUCAUUCCUUCUUCGCCGACUCCAUCCACACCUUUGGGAACCCCUGGACCUGCUGGGGUUGGACCCCAACAAGAAGGGACAGGAAAAAUGAAUUUCAAUGACUUCUUGACUGUGAUGACUCAAAAAAUGUGUGAGAAAGAUUCCAAAGAAGACAUCCUGAAAGCUUUCAAGCUCUUCGAUGAUGAUGAAACUGGGACCAUAUCAUUCGACAAUCUCAAAUGUGUAUCCAAUGAGUUGGGUGAGAACAUCACUGAUGAGGAGCUGAAGGAAAUGAUUGAUGAAGCUGAUCGAGAUGGAAGCAGGGAAGUCGAUGAGGAAGAUUUCCUGCGUAUCAUGAAAAAGACCAGCCUUUAUUAAGAGUAUUCUCUCCUGUUGCAAGCACACACAACUAGUUUUAGUGCCUGUUAUUGUAUGAAACCUGGUUUUUGAGAACAAAAGUGGUUUUUCCCCACUAACCUCCCUGUAUACCUUUAGUAACAACCUCACAUCCAUUUUCAAUUUUUGUAAGUGUUCUUUGACAAUAUAGUUCAGUGAUGGCGAACCUAUGACACGCGUGUCAGAGGUGACACACGAACUCAUUUUUUUGGUUGAUUUUUCUUUGUUAA